UUGAGCUUUUGCAAAUCGACCUUGUCCCGCCGAAAGCUUCAACUACCGCCGUCGCCGCCAAUCCACCGAGUCCUUCGAUUCUCUUCUUUGGACCUCCUUCGCCCUUCACACUUCGAAACCCCUCCAAUCAACAAAAGCACCGCCCCCCCGACAAACCUUCACAAUGGCCGCCGAGAAGCCCGACAGAAAGGAGAAGAAGGACAAGAAGCGAUCCGUGUCCGACGGCGCUAUCAAGAAGGACAAGAAGGACAAGAAGGAUAAGAAGGACAAGAAGGAGAAGCUCGAGCGCGCCCUCGAUGAGCACCUCCAGGCCGAUGUUGCUGCCACCGCCGUCGCUAGCGGCGAGAUCGCGUCCAAGUCCACCGCCGACGGCCUCCCCGUCGUCGGCGCUCUCGUGCCCUUCGCUGUGCCAUUGGCUGAUGACAAGGCCAUGAAGAAGGUCAUGAAGUCCAUUCGCAAGGCCGCCAAGAACAACACCCUCAAGCGCGGCGUCAAGGAGGUCGUCAAGACCCUCCGCAAGUCCCCCGCCGCUGGCCCCGGUAACACCGCCUUCCCUGGCGUCGUUAUUAUCGCCGGCGACAUCUCUCCCAUGGACGUCAUUUCCCACCUGCCCGUCCUCUGUGAGGACCACAACGUUCCCUACAUCUUCGUCCCCUCGCGCGCCGAGCUCGGCGCCGCCGCCAAGACGAAGCGCCCGACCUCGGUCGUCAUGGUCUCGGAGAAGCGCUCCGCCGCCGACGCCAAGAAGGCCGAGAAGAAGUCUGACGCCAAGGACGACGAGGAGGACGACGGCGAGGACUACUCUGAGGUAUACGCCGCGCUCGUCAAGCUCGUGCAGAAGGAGACCGCCAAGCAGUCUUUCUGGGCCUAGAUGCCGGCUCCUGAAGGUACGGACAUGGCUUCGUCUCACAGAGCGCGUCACACCAUGUGAAGACGCAGACGGAGCGAUUUAUCGAACCAGGCACGAGGAUGACAUCCCUUGACUUGCAACGACUAAUGUCACCGGGGAGGUAACAUCUGCCACGCUUCGUUCCCGUUAUCUUGACCAAUGGGGAAGCGUGGUUCAUGAUCGCAAACAGUAACGGCUUUGGAGAGGAGUUGUAUUAUAUGCACGCUUCCUUAUUUUUGCCAAAUGCGGCGCGGACAUACGGGAAUCUGGCUGGGGAAAAAAAAAAGAAGAUAUCGGCGUUCUAGGGCACGUCUUUCUUGCUGCGCUGGGUAGCUUUUCUUCUGCUACUCGAACCCAAUAAAUGAUUUUCAAUCAUUACAACCUCCGUUGGAACCUUUAGGGUGCGGAGGUGUGGAGGACCCUAAAUUUGCGUCUCAGACACGAGGUGUUGAGAAUGCUCAGUGAGGCCGUGACCAGGUGUCGCGCGAAAGCUGACGACAGUUUCCCAUCAUCUCGUCAGACUGACAACUGAAGGCAGAGCUCAUGUUGACCUGGUCGCUGCACUUCUCAUCGUCUAUUAACCCUUUGUCAACCCAUCUAAGUUCAGCUGACAACUGAUUGGAAUAUGGUCCAGUCAAGAAUCACUCAUGACAAUCGGUCCUCAAUUCC